AUGAAGACUCAAGCAGUGGUGGAUUACUCCACAGGGCAUGAUGGCCUCAACACUCCUCGCGAUGUUCUUUUUGUCCAGAUCAUCUAUUCGUCCAUGUUGGCGUUCGCUGGCAUGGUCCUACUCGCACGACUGGCUCAAAUUGGGCAUGCCUAUCUUCGCUACAUCAUCUGUUCCAGUUCAUCCGAAAAGCAACAAUCCGUCUGGAGCAUCACCGAAUCAUCACUCUGGGUCCGAAUCAAAAGCCGUCUUCUCUACGCGCCAUUGUCCAGCAAGCGCCAUAACCGAGAGAUCCAGCUCUCGUCGGCCAUUAAUAUGGGCACUCUCCCUUCCCGAUUUCAGUCACUUGUCAUCUUUGGAUAUAUUGUCAGCCAAAUCAUCUACUGCUGCGACCUCAAUUACCAGAAUGACACCCCCGCCGUCAUUGCAGAGCUUCGCGGACGUGCCGGUACAUUGGCCACGGUGAACAUAAUCCCGCUUGUGCUCUUUGCAACCCGCAACAAUCCCUUAAUCCCUCUUCUACGAAUCAGUUUCGACUCAUAUAAUCUUUGCCACCGAUGGCUGGGCCGCAUCGCCGCCGUUGAGAGCAUCGUUCACAUGGCUGCUUGGGCUGUCAACACCGUCCGAGAGGGAAACCCGGCCGCACUUUCUCAACAUCUUGCCGAGACGCCCUCCUACGCCUGGGGAAUGGUUGCAACUGCGGUCAUGGCGUUUUUUAUUGUUCACUCCCUCUCUCCUAAGCCAUGGAUCCAAUGGGCCAUUUUCAUCUGGGGUGCAGAACGAUGCACCCGUCUCCUCUGGCUCGUGUUUCUGAAUGUCUCUCGCCGACACGGCAUGACAAAGCUGCAAGUAGAAGCACUUGCUGGCGAAGCCUGCCGUCUCACAUUCUUUCUCCCCAAGCACUACCCCGUCCCACCGGGCAGCCACUUCUACGCGUACAUCCCCCACAUCUCCUGGUGGAUGUCGCACCCCUUCUCCGCAGCCUGGUCAGACACCUCAGCCAGCGCCCCCAACCGAAAAAGCAUACAAUCAUUGACCAACGACCCCAAAGCCCUCACCCUCGAAAGUCAAUCCUCCCCACUCAGCCACACAGCCGUGACACUAGUCGUCGCCGCACGGCAGGGCAUGACCCGCGCGCUGUACGAUCGCGCGAUGGCCUCCCCGGACGAAACAUUCACGACAACCGGCUUCCUCGAGGGCCCGUACUCCUCGCACGCGGUCAACAUGUCCAGCUACGGGACAGCCAUCCUCUUCUCCGGCGGCGUCGGCAUAACGCACCACCUCCUCUUCAUCCGGGAUCUGCUUCUCCGCGCAGCAGACGGCCGGGCCGCCACGCGGUCCAUCACGCUGGUCUGGGCGGUACGCGGCAUGGACAGCGUCCGCUGGGUGAUGGAAUAUCUCCAGGAGAUCCUGCAGAUGCCGGAUGCCGAGUCGAUCUUGACGAUCAUGCUGUUUGUGUCGAAGCCGAAGAGUCCCGGCGAGAUGCGCUCGCCGGGGGGUGUCAUUCGGACGUUUGCGGGGCGGUGUAAUCCGGCUACUGUGCUAAAGGAGAUUCUCCCGAGGAGGAUCGGGGCGACGGUGGUGUCGGUCUGUGGGCCUGGGGCGCUGGGGGAUGAUGUGAGGGAGGCGGCUAGACGGCAGGUGGAUCGGGGGGUUGCGGUUGAUUUUGUGGAGGAGGCGUUUACUUGGUGA